AUGAGUGAAGGGAGAAAGGCUUUAUACCACUGCAAUUAUUGCAACAAAGAUAUCUCAGGAAAGAUACGUAUUAAGUGUGCAAUGUGUUCUGAUUUUGACCUUUGUGUGGAGUGCUUCUCUGUUGGAGCUGAGAUUCAUCCCCACAAAAGCAAUCAUCCAUAUAGAGUUAUGGAUAAUUUGUCAUUCCCGCUCAUUUGUCCCGAAUGGAAUGCAGAUGAGGAGAUAUUACUCCUGGAGGGAAUUGAAAUGUAUGGACUGGGAAACUGGAGUGAAGUUUCAGAGCAUGUUGGGACAAAAGUUAGAUCGCAAUGUAUCGACCACUAUAAUUAUAUAUACAUGAACUCACCGUGCUUUCCUGUUCCAGACAUGUCUCAUGUUAUGGGAAAAAAUAGAGAGGAACUCCUGGCUAUGGCUAGAGGGCAUGGUGAAGCCAAAAAAGGAUUUCCAACCCUUGGAGAACUUGCUGUGAAAGAAGAGCCUUCAGUCUCCGCAAGAAUCAAGGUUGAAGAUGGAAGCAAAGAAGGACCUGCAUGUCAAUCCUCAUCUAGCUUAAUUUCUGAGGUAGGUGCCAGUGCAGGUUAUAGCAGCAGUAACACCUCCAUUGGUGCAGUUAAAGGAGCAUCCAGCAUGGUACAGAAUAAGGAUUGUCAUGAUGGUGUCAAAGCGGAAGAUGCUUAUGCAGACAGAACCGUUGGAGAGAAAAAACCUAGGACUUCAGUGGAUGAGGGGCCUUCUAUGACAGAAUUAAGUGGCUAUAAUUCUAAGAGGCGGGAGUUUGAAAUUGAAUAUGAUAAUGAUGCCGAGCAGUUACUGGCGGACAUGGAAUUUAAGGAUACAGACACUGAUGCUGAACGUGGACUGAAACUGCGAGUCUUGCGAAUAUACUCAAAAAGGCUUGAUGAGAGGAAACGGCGGAAGGAUUUUAUACUGGAAAGAAAUUUACUUCACCCUGACCCUUUAGAGAAAGUCCUCUCACCAGUAGAGAGAGAAAUAUGUCAGCGGUACAGGGUGUUCAUGCGAUUUCAUUCAAAAGAGGAGCAUGAAGCAUUGCUGAGGAGUCUAAUUGAGGAGCGCCAGAUUUUGAAAAGAAUACAAGAUCUUCAGGAUGCUCGAGCUGCUGGCUGCUGUACAUCUGCUGAGGCUGAAAGAUUUAUUGAGCAGAAGAGAAAGAAGGAAGCUGAAGAAAAUUCCCGUGGAGUGAAGGAGAGUUCCCAGGCUAGUCUGAGUGGUAAAUUCCUCCAGAGGGCAAAUAAUCUCAAAGGAGAACUUGGUAGCAGUGCUCAGGGAGGUGUCACAGAUAUAGAUUAUGGUGGCAAGGACUCUUCUUCAACAACUGCAGGACUAGCUAUUUCAAACACCUUAAACAAUUGGGAUGUCACGGGUUUUGUGGGAGCUAAUUUACUCUCUGAAGCUGAAAAACAGCUGUGUGGCGAAAUCAAGAUUCUACCAACACAUUAUCUGAGCCUGUUGGAAGCCAUGUCAAUGGGGAUUUUAAAGGGCAAUAUUACCAAGAAAUCCGAGGCGCAUUGCAUGUUCAACCUUGAUCCAAACAAGGUGGAUAGAGUAUAUGAUAUGCUUGUGAAAAAGGGUAUCACUCAAGCGUGACAUGCAGCCAGCCUGCAAUUUUGUUCGAGAGCUAAUGAGUUGUGGAUUCUAGAAAGGUAAAUGGUGCCCUUGUGGUCAUGAACUCUGUAAAAAUUUUGUACUCAGCAAUUAAUA